AUGGCAGCGGCAACCCUCCUGCCUUGGUGCCCCCAGCUGAAGCUGCUGCUGCUGCUGCUGCUGCUGCUGUUCUUGCUUCGUGCCGGUCCUGUGCAGCCCGACAGUAAGAUAUUCAGCAACCUGGACCAGGUACGGAUGACCUCGGAAGGCUCUGACUGCCGCUGCAAAUGCAUCAUGAGACCGCUGAGCAAGGAUGCAUGUAGCCGGGUACGAAGUGGGCGUGGACAGAUAGAGGACUUCUACACUGUGGAGACGUUAAGUUCAGGGACUGACUGCCGCUGCUCCUGCACUGCUCCGCCUUCCUCACUCAACCCCUGUGAGAAUGAGUGGAAGAUGGAGAAACUCAAGAAGCAGGCACCUGAGCUCUUCAAGUUGCAGUCUAUGGUGGAUCUCCUUGAGGGUGCCCUGUACAGCGUGGAUCUGAUGAAAGUACACGCCUACAUCCACAAGGUGGCCUCCCAGAUGAACACACUGGAGGAGAACAUCAAGGCCAACCUGAGCCAGGAGAACGAGGUGGUGAAAGACAGCAUACGUCACCUUGGUGAGCAGCUGAAGAGAUAUGAGAACCAGUCAGCCAUCAUGAUGAGCAUUAAGAAGGAACUGUCCAGUCUGGGCCUCCAGCUGCUGCAGAGGGAUGCGGCUGCUGUCCCUGCCACUGCCCCAGACUCAAGCCCUGACAGCAAGGCUCAGGACACUGCUGGAAGGCAAGGCAAAGACCUCAACAAGUAUGGCAGUAUCCAGAAGAGCUUCUCAGACAAGGGCCUUGCAAAGCCUCCCAAGGAGAAGCUGCUGAAGGUGGAGAAGCUGAGGAAGGAGAGCAUCAAGGCCAGAAUACCCCACCCCACAGCCAGGCCACAUGCCCUGGCACAGCAGCAGGCUGUGGUCCAAAGCUUCACCUACUACAAAGCAGCCAGGCAGGAGGCCAAAAAAGAAGCACCCAAGGCCACAGCCGACAACACCCUCAAGGGCACUUCCUGGCUGGGGAAAGUACCACCCAAGAUGGAGACCAAGCUUCCAGAGCCGAACUCUGCCAAACAUAAUGGAGUUAUGCCGCAGCCUUCAGAAGGAGCCAGCUUGGUACCUGACAUCUCUACUUCCACCCCAACUCCUAUCACCACUCUCUGGCCCAAGGAGCCACAUUUGCAUCCAGAAAACCCUAGCCAAGGUAGGGAGGACAGCUGUGAGGGUACCCUCGGAGCUGUGGACCCCCCUGUGAAGCACCACAGUUAUGGGCGCCAUGAAGGGGCUUGGAUGAAAGACCCUACAGCUCUAGAUGACAGGAUCUAUGUCACCAACUACUACUAUGGAAACAGCCUGGUGGAAUUUCGAAACCUGGAAAAUUUCAAACAAGGUCGAUGGAGUAACAUGUACAAGCUACCCUACAACUGGAUAGGCACAGGCCAUGUGGUGUACCAGGGUGCCUUCUACUACAACCGUGCCUUCACCAAGAACAUCAUCAAAUAUGACCUGCAUCAGCGCUUUGUGGCCUCCUGGGCACUGCUGCCUGAUGUGGUCUAUGAGGACACCACACCCUGGAAGUGGCGUGGCCACUCAGACAUUGAUUUUGCUGUAGAUGAGAGUGGUCUGUGGGUCAUCUACCCAGCUGUGGACGAGCAAGAUGAAACCCAGCAUGAGGUGAUUGUGUUAAGCCGCCUGGACCCUGGAGACCUUUCUGUGCACCAGGAGACCACGUGGAAGACACGGCUGAGGAGGAACUCCUAUGGGAACUGCUUCCUGGUGUGUGGCAUCCUGUACGCUGUGGAUACUUACAACCAGCGUGAAGGCCAGGUGGCCUAUGCCUUUGACACCCACACAGGCACUGAUGCUCACCCCCAGUUGUCCUUCCUCAAUGAGUAUUCCUACACCACUCAAGUUGACUACAAUCCCAAGGAGCGGGUGCUCUACGCCUGGGACAAUGGCCACCAGCUCACCUACACCCUCAACUUUGUGGUCUGA